CUCUAGGAGUACUUGGAGCAAUCAUAAUAAUUAUUUUUCAAAAAAAUAUAUCAAUUGAAGCAAAUUUAAAUAUCACUGAAGAAAAACAGAGAACAUACAAAUCUUUUAUGGAAAUAAUUAUUAAAAAUAUUGGAUCAACUAUGGAAUCGAGUAACAAAACUUUUAUUGGCAAGUCAUUUUCAGAAAUUUUAGAUAAAUUUGAAGAAGAAGUUCAUGUAAUUUUUCCAGGUUUGUUAGUUUAUUUUAUGGGAACAAAAUGGUGCGGACCUGGAAAUAUUGCUUCAGAUUAUGAUGAUCUUGGUGUAUUUAAUGACACUGAUAGUUGCUGUCGGACUCAUGAUAGUUGCGCGAAGAAUAUUCUAGCUGGAGAAACUUUAGGACCUUUAAUUAAUGAUGGAAUUUUUACGAGAUCAGCAUGUUCAUGUGACCAAAAAUUUUAUUGCUGUUUAAAAAAAGCCAAGUCUCUCCUUGCUACAAGUAUCGGUGAAACUUACUUUAAUGUAAUUCAGCCUCAAUGUUUUGCAUUAGAUUAUCCAAUAGAAUCAUGCGCAGAGUAUCAAAAAAUCGUUGGAAAUUUUGGAAAAAAAUGUAUUAAAUAUAAUUUUGAUACAUCUAAGCCCAAAAAAUUACAAUGGUUUGAUACUAAACAUUUUUAA